CUGACUAGCACAGAAUUUUAUAUUAAAACACGCACUCCAUUUUUUGUUUUAAUUAUGCAAAGUAGGAUUAACGUUCCUGCAAAAUGCUGGCCAAGAGUCAUUGGAUGACAACAUAUCGGUCAACUGUGUUAGCCUAAUUUUGUAUCAGGCAAUGUACUUCGUGUUAAAAACCAAAACUUGAAACAAAACCCCCGCAACAAUCAGAGCGGUAAUUAUCCUCAUGUAAUGUCGUCAUGCGACAGAACGGCUGGAAUACUCGCUGCCCCCCGCUAUGUGUGCCAACCUGCCCGAAAGACUUAGAAAUCACGCUUUCGGUUCUCAAGUCUGAAGUCCUGGAGCAGUUGAACCCUGUAGUGUACCGACCUAGAUUUGUAAAUUAAACUAAACAGCUGCGCCAAACUUCCCGGAAUGUGACGCUAGAGGAACGGCCGUUGCGCAUUCACAGGCGUGGGGUGGGGGUGGAGAACAGGCGCACCAGUCGUUCUUUUGCGCAGAAGCUGCUCCUUCAUUCAGCCUUUCCCGCGGGGACAGCCUACUACAAUGGCUCACCUCGCGUUGCGAGCGUCUCGCCGUGGCACCUCGUCUGCGUCGCUUUAGACGUGUUCCGCGGAUCGCUCUCCGCUGUCUUGAACGGGUCGGUCGCUGGACAGAUUUCUAGCUCAGGGGACAGCGAGGUCCCGUUGGGAAAAUGCCCGGCCGGAACAGGUACAACCUGGUGGACGAUGUGGCGGACUCCCGAGUGCCACUUCAUAACGAUGAGGCUUUUCAGCACGGAAUACAUUUCCAAGCCAAGUAUGUCGGUAGUUUGGAUGUCCCAAGACCCAACAGUCGUGUGGAGAUUGUGGCAGCUAUGAGGAGAAUCAGAUAUGAGUUCAAGGCCAAGAGUGUUAAGAAGAAGAAGGUCAGCAUCGUGGUCUCGGUGGACGGCAUGAAAGUGAUCCUGCGCAAGAAGCAGAAGAGGAAAGAGUGGACAUGGGAUGAAAGUAAAAUGCUGGUGAUGCAGGACCCCAUCUACAGGAUCUUUUAUGUGUCCCAUGACUCUCAGGAUCUGAAGAUUUUCAGCUACAUUGCCAGAGAUGGAUCCAGCAACACCUUCAGAUGCAACGUCUUCAAGUCCAAAAAGAAGAGCCAGGCCAUGCGUAUAGUGCGGACAGUGGGCCAGGCCUUCGAGGUGUGCCACAAGUCGAGCCUGCAACACGCCGGGCGGAGCGCCGAGGGCAAGCACGAGGGACCCGUGGCCCGCGUGAACCAAGAGUCAGACCAGGAGGAUGCUAGUGAAGGCUGCCAGCUGCCUGGAGCUGGGCAGGAUGAUGUCACAGAUAAGGGGGCGGGGUCACGCUCAGCUAGUGUGUGUGAGCAGGCCAUGAAUGCCAUCCUUCAGAGCCUGUCACAACUCAGCAUGGUCAAGCCAGCGCACACCCAGGACUCGGAGAGUGUCUCUCUCCCCACUCUAUCUCCCAGAAGCCCCUGCUCUCCGUCUCUCACGCCAUUGGCUGCUCACCACCACCUGCAGUUACUCCAGCAACAGUUACUCCAGCAACAACAGCAGGCCCAAGUCGCCGUGGCGCAGGUGCAGCUCCUGCAGGAUCAGCUGGCAGCAGAGACCGCGGCUCGAAUGGAGGCCCAGGCCCGGUCUCACCAGCUGCUGCUGCAGAACCGAGACCUGCUGCAGCACGUCGCGCUGCUCGUGAAACACGUCGGGGAGCUGGAGGCAAGAGUCAACAGCACCGCACACUAUGAGGAGUCGCCCUGGAGAAGCUCAUCUGCCCACUCCUUCUCCCCCAACCUGAAGAACAGCCACAUCCCCAGAUCAGGCCAGCCCAUCACCUCCACGCCGGAGGGGGAGACGGACACCUCCCCUGCGACCACCCACGCAGUGGACUGCACCGAGUCCUACCUAAGCCUGCUCAGGCUGGGUGGGUCGCACAUCGCCACAGCCAAUGGCAAGCUGGAGAACACAGCAAGCGAGGAGGGAUUGGACGGUGGGAGGGGUAAAAUCUCGCGGCUGAAUUCAGCCACACCGGACGAACGGUUUAAGCAAAUUAUCCCCAAGCUGGACCCGCCCCCUCCGCUUGCCAACCGAAAGCGCCCAAACAGAACUUUCCCUCUGGGCUUUAACGAGGUGCCGCCGAGCACGGCUGAGAGCUCCUCCUUCCCCGACAUCGCGCCGUGUUCCCCCGGCGACUUCUGUUACUUCAGCAACGGAGGGAGCGCUUCAGUCAGCGAGGAUUCCGGCGUACGCUCAGGCUCCAGGGCCCUUGUGACACUGCGCACCGAAGACGACCCGUCUGAGGACUGCAGCUCGGGCCUCCUCUCCACAUCCAGUACCUGCAGCAGUUUGCCUGAGGACCGCCCCCUUGCUGAGACUCCACCCCAGCUGGCCACGCCCAGCAGCUUUGAUCACACACUUUCAUUCUCUUCACCUCUUAACGAGACCUGUCUUCACAUCAGUCUGAGUGAGGACGAGCUCCUGGAGGACUGUGUCUAUAACACCCUGCACACGGGUUAGGACGCCUGGCACACAGUCCUACCCGACUACCCGGCUUCGCUGCAGCCUAGCUGCAGUUCAUGGGUCUAGGAAUUGAGGCUCCAUGAUCCUUGGCUCUUACAGUUUCACUGGAGCAGCAAAUGAGAAACACCAUGCAGGAAUGAGAAACACCAUGUUGGACUGAGAAACAUCAUGUUGGACUGAGAAAGAGGGAGCCCCCACUGUCUCUGUAAGACUCUGGAACAGGAAAAACUUUACACACUGAUUUUCUCACAGUUUUAAGAGCAAAAUCAAUUCACAAUUGCCAUCCCUUCUCCGCCUUUAUUAACAACUCCAAUUUGGGUGUUUUUGUCUUUGUAAGACAGAAGCACCCACUGUCUGCAAUAUCCUUAAAUACUUUUCACUCUGCAAAUUCACUGGAGAAAGAAUUAAUGACACCAUGUGGGCCAAAUAGAUAGAAAUAUUUUUUUUUAGAAUGAAUUUGAGUAGGUGUUGUGAGACUGGAACAGAAGAAAAGGCGUAGACUGGUUUGUUGUCUACUUAGGAAAUUUUAUAGAACUAUAUUAGGAAUUAGACUUUUUCAUUUAGCUGCUACAUUGUUUUAAGUAGAUCCCAUGCACACUGUGAGGCUCUUUUAAUCUGUGUAAGUCCGAGGACUCUAAUAAUUAGAAGCUUUGUGUAAAUGUCAAUGAAAUGUUCGUAGUUUGAAGGUUGAAGAGUAGAUCUGAUGUGAUUUCUAGAGGACAAGAUAAAACAAAGAAUACUGAAGAUCAAACUGGAGCAGAAAAACAAACCCUGAAAGCCAAUCAGAACUACAGGCAGAAACAUAUAGAGGGAAGGAGUACGGAAAUGAGAGGCUCAAUCAAGAGUUUAUAAGCAGCAAAUUGGCACUCGUUCAUCUUAAUUCGAGCCGAGGCAGGACGGGGAGCCGAGCAAGGCUGUGAGAAUGAACGCAUGAUUGGAGCUGCCGAACAGAAUAGCUCGCAGCGUGUGGCCACGACCGAGGUGUGCUUACACAUCGCGUUAGAGUGGAGCUCCACCGCAACACCUCUGCAGUGUCGGACAGAAGGCAAGCAGAGAUUACCUUCAUUAGCAUUUUUUGCAUCCCAGUGGAGGGAGGUAAGGAUGGAGAGAGAGAGAAAGAGAGAGAGAGAGAGAGAGAUUUCUUUCACGGGACCCUCACCAUGUCUGUGGAUUGUGCUUGGAACCAAAUCUCAGUCUGUGUUCAAAACACCACUGAUUCUCUCAUGGCUUCAAAACCCAAACUGCCUGCAUCACCACUCAGACUACAAUUACAGCUACUUUUAUGGUUUCUGUGCAUAUCAAACAAACAAAAACACUGACUUGAAUCAGCUGGAACAGACUGUGUCUUUCGCUAGUGUACUGAGGAGGUGUGUUGCAGCACUCUGAAAACACACACCGCCACUGGUCACAGAUGAGACGGCAGUUCAACAAAACUCAUUCAACGGACUUUCACGACCUGAAACUGAAAAAACAAACAAACAGGAACAAGCCCCACCCCCAAAUUGGCAAUAACAUGCUUACUAAAGAAAGCAUCAGAUUCACAUUGGGCAGGAACAAGUGAGGAGAGGGAGGACACAGGAGAGACACAGGAGAGACACAGGAGAGACACAGGAGAGACAACGCACCUUAGGAACUGAGGAAGGGAUGAGCCAGGGAGACGUGUGCACCAAUAAAGCUGGACUGCAUUAAGAAAUAAAGAAACCUGUUAGUUCCAAA